CCUCCGAUUGGCAACCCUGGCACGUUUGAAGAAUUGCAUAAGAAAUGUAAAGGUGAGGCUAAUAUAUAUUUUACUCUUGACACAUACAGUAAAGCUUUCAGUUGAAAAUCAUACUUGUAUGAAGUAUUAAAGGUCUCGCAGAUGUAUUAUUAUUAAAAUGUACAACAUGAAUGUACAUCUUUGUACCAUUUAUAAUAUUAAAGUGUCACCGGCCUCUUUAAAUAUUAAAGUUUCUAUCUAUCUAUUUCUAUAUGAUAUAUUCAUUUAUAAUAUAGCAUUUGUAAAUUCUGAACACUGAUUGGCUAAGAGCCGUGUUGAUAUAACUCAAUGUCAACAUGGGAAAUUUUCCGCCGCUUGUAAACACCGAAUUUUUUCUUAUCCUUCAGGCUUUCUACAUUGCUAUAUUAUAAAAAAAAUAUAAAACAUUUUUUCCGUAUUGAUAUAUAGUUAUAUCAACACUCAUGGAAGUUGGGAAAACUCGAAAUUGUAUGAAAACACUCCGCCCUUCAGGCGUCGUGUUUCCAUACAAUUUCUCGUUUUCCCAAUUUCCACUCAUGUUGAUAUAACUGUAUAUCAACACGGAAAAUGUUUUAUAUUUGUUAAAUUUACAUUGAAAAAUGAAAAUUGUAUAUUUAUGCUUCAGCAUAAAAAUUACUCUGCAAGCAGAGCCUAAUUUGUGAUUUCCCCAAAGAAAAACAGGGCCACAGAAUAGAGACAUACAGAAAGUCAACUCGUACGAAAAAGCGUAUGCCGCUGCCACGCUAUAAUUCACAAUAAUUUGUCGUCAAAUUGCUAUUGCCAUGGUCCAAGCCAGUAUGGUUAUGAGAGCCAUUCACGCACUGAAUGUGAGAAUGUCCACCAUUUUGAGUAUUCUCAGGGGGUGAAUACCUCACAUAAGUGCACUGGCUAGGACCAUGGCAACAGCAUUGCAAGGGUAUGGCAAAAUCAUAGCCAAAACCAAGAAGUCGGACUUCUGUAUGUCUCUAUACUGUGAGAGGGCUCUGCCGUAGUUGCACGAUCGAUUUCUGUUGAGCACACACUUUGUCCAAUCUAUCAAAACAUGCCAAAAUAGAACCAUUUGUAUUUUUAGAGAUGCAUAUUACAGUAAUCGCAUGCUGUUAUAGCUACGUGCUGGGCUUGUGCUCUGGACGUGAUGUAAAAUUACAAAAAUAACAACACAAAAUCAUUUCCAAAUCUAUUAAAUAAAUAGAUAAUUACCAGCCUGCAAUCGAUGCAUGUUCUGUCACUGAUCUGUGGUGUACUGUUAAAUCCCCCACAGGAUGCAUUUCAUGUAUACUCUGUACACCAGAGAUACACCAACAUUUGAUAGACAAUCCUGUGUGCUUUAAAGACUGAAAAGUAAUCUCACACAAAUGUACCAAGACUUUGAGUAAUCUCACGCCAAUAUGCCAACCAAUUUUGUAACUUCACACUGGCGAUCUCCGGCUUGGAAUGCACCUUUGAAUCCGCCAGCAUAUAUUAUAGACAACGAACAAUCUGGCAUAAGUGUUGGUUGGUGGAUGGCUCUGUAGAAAAAUUCAAUAAAUUGAUUAUUUAUUAAUAUACUGAAUUGAUUAUUGUAAGAAUAUGGUGAAUUGUUACUCCAGAUAAGCCACAAAUACUUGAAAUAUUUCAGUUUUUUUAACUUUUGGAUCUGCUGGCUGCUUUUCGUUUUCUGCCAAACUGCAACAGAUACGUGGCUGAUUCCAUUUUUUACUGUCUGGAAAUAAUGCAUUAUUCAUGAUUUAUCACCUCUGAUGGAGGAACCUGCUUUAGAAAAUGGCAAACUUGCCACCCACCACAUUAUCUUGUGGCAUACUGCAUGUUGCCUUAUGUGUAGGAAAAGUCUAUAGUCAAUUUCUUUAGUGGAAGAAAGGCUGCCUUUUCAUAAAUUUUACAUGUUUUCAAAGUUUUGAAGUUCUGAGACCCAUUUGUUCCACCUGAAAAUCAAGUCACCUGUGAGGAUAUCAUCCCAACCGAUCCCCGUUAUCCAGAUAUCCUGCAUCAAAACUUUCAUAUCCGUAUCGGGUAGUUGAACACAAAAGGUAAAGACACCAUUUGUUGCCUCCCACAAUAUGCCAAGAGUCUUGAUCUUGGCAAAAUCAUCAGACCUGCUUUAUGGAUUUCAAGGCUAUUAAUUUAGUUGAUCUUCUACAGGAAUAUUGUCCACGGCUGCUGGAUCAUUGGAUGACCAUUUCCUCCGCUUGAAAUUGCACAUAGCAAGCAACUCUGACAGCUCAUGUCGUAGUUGUAUAGCCUCGUCUACCGUCCCAAAUAAAUCUAACACAUCGUCCACAUAAAUAGAAUUGUCAACAGUUUCUGCAGCAUGAGGGUAAUCUGUAGCGUAAACUUUCGCGUUGGUGUGCACCAACGUGUUGUGCACAGAAUGGGGAAGCCCUACCAAACAGGAAUUGUUUCAACUCGCAGUGAUCUGGAUCUUUUCUGGAAUCAAAGUCGCGCCAGAGAAACCUGUGGUAACGUCGAUCUUCCUCAAUUAGACCAACUUGUAUAGAAACAUCUCCGAGAUGUCUCUAGAUAGGGCUAUAGGGGCUCGUCGAAAGCGUGUCAAUACAUCAGUUUGAAGUUUCGGACCAGGUCGUCGCACAGCAUCGUUGAGACUUUUUCGGUUUUUCCGUUGUCUUUGGCAGUGGCAUCAAACAAUGAAGACCAUACGUUUGUUCGAUCCUGUUUUAUUACCAGGAAAUGAGGGAGAAACCACUGUUCAGGCUCAUUGCUCUUGAGCACUUUUGUAACACAGCCUUUUUCGUUAGUCCUUGAUUAUCUAGUCAUAGGUAUUUGCUACUUUGUGACCUCUCCGUACUAGAGAUCUUUCUUGGGUCUUCAGUUUGUUCAAAGCCAUUUCGUAGUUGUUGAUUAGGUGCGGUUCGCCUCUUUACCAUGGAAUGCCAAUCUCGUGUUGACCGUUUUUUAAAUGUAAGGUUUCCGUUACUUGGGCUACUGCUGCCUCCUCGUCUGGCGUUAAAUCUCUAGUCUUUCUGUUUCAUCUCGAAUACCAAUGGCCUCUAGCUUCCAAAACUGUCGUGCAAUAUCAUCAGAACCUUGCUCUUCGAUCUGAUUAGUGCGGUAGGUGCGUGUGAAAUAGGAUGUAGAUGAUCGUCAAAAGUUUGAAAAUAAUGUGAAAUUUCCAUUAAAAACCCGGAGUUUGCGCAGCACUAAUUUAAUGUCUCAUUAUGCGGUUGCUGGCCAUCUUCAGGGAUGUAUCGACAAUGUUCAUCACUUUUGCACCCAUUAAGACCUCACCGUCUCACAUUAGGGCAAUCUCUUUUGCGGUGAUCAGCUGCUAGGCAUCUAAAGCAGCGUUUACUAUUGCUGAUUAGUUCCUUUCUUCAGGAUACUGGUAAGGCCUUGAAUGCACCACACGCCCAUGGUGGAUGAUUUUGUCUGUCAUUGCCUCUGAGGGCUUUCUUUUCUUCUGGCUUGUUUCCGAGGUCACCUGUCUCUUCUUGGACUUCUUCCAUAAUUUGAACUUGAAGCUCGACCCAUUUAACUAGGGUUUCAAAGUUAUCCUCAUGGGAAUGUUCAAUAAGCCAGUAUUUGUAUGCUUGAACAUCUCGUUGUGAUAACUUCUCUUUCGCGGUGAGAUUCAAAUUUUGCCCGGUCAGUUCUUUACCCCCUUUCUUGCAAUGCAAUCAUGACACGUUCCAAAAUGACCAGAAAGUAUUUCAUGUCUUCAAGGUUCCGUGACUUAAUCUUUGGCAUAUCACGCAGGGCUGUUUUCCAGUUUGGACUUUUCUCUCUCAUAUGGGUUCAGUGAGUAGCCAAGGUAUUUGACCAUUAUUAGUACCUUCCCAGAUAAACUACUUUGGAGGCGUAACAUCUUUUCGCUAGCCGAAAUCUCUGCUUCAUCGAUGAUGGACAUGAAAGCUGCUUUCCAUGACUCAUAGUCUGCUUUAUUUUCGCCUGAAAAGUUUGGUAAAUCCACACCUUUCAAUUUAAUUGUUCCAUUUACAAGGCUUUAUCCAAGCACUUUUGCUGACCCUCGCCCCCGUUUUAGAAAAGAAGAUUCAGUUUUUGUGAUGCACGAAUGUAGCCCUGGGGGUCUAGGGGCAAAGUCCCUGAAAGUUUUUUCUAUUUCUGCAUCUUAGACUAUGUUGCCGUCACGUUGCUUAAAUGUAACCGCGUAAUGUAAACUUUGCGCAAUACCAAAGAGGCCAUGCAUAUAUUCGAGCAUAUUUUUUCUGCGGCUUUUUCAUACUUCCACCUCAAGGUUGUGUAAAUUUUAGAUUUUAGUUCGAAAAAUUUACUUUCUAUUUGUAGUAUUUGUUAUUAUUCAAUCAUCCCAUUUUAUUUUGUGCUGAUUUGACCGAAAUAUUUCAUAUGAGAAAUCCAAACAUGCACGCCAUGCAUCUAAGCAUGGUGGGCACAAGUCACAAAUUUAAAUAUACGAUAGAGGUAGCUUUUAUAACAUAAACAUGUCGUUUUAUUUUGAAAAAAAACCCAGCUCAAAUAACCCUGUUUCUCGGAAUUCCAAAAACUACUAAAGCGUGUGAAAAUUAUUUUUUUGUUGUUUUUUUUCUUUUCGUUGGGGAAAAGAUUCAGUUUAAAAACUCAAUCCAAGAUUGAGUUUUGACCUCUGUUUACCGGAAGUCAGUUGCUGCUUGGAUAAAGCCCUGAUUUAUUGGAGUCGUUUCUCUUACUGGGCUGGAGUUGUAUGGAUCAAUCGGUUGAUGAAUAGGUAACCAUGAUGCUGGAGGUGGAGGCAAGUUGCUGUUUUCAAAAGUGUUCCCUAAACCAGCUUGGUCGGAAUUCAAGUCAUGGUCUGCGGUCGCUGCUUUGGCUUGUUUCAAUUCAGUUAUCUUCGUAGGCAGGAUGAUUGAAUGUAGCUUGUACAUUAACCUAGUCUUUCAAAACAACUUAUUGCCAUUUUUUGUCCGGACGAAAUAUCUCUGACCAAUUUAGAAACUUGUCGGAAAAACUAUAAUUUUUGGUCACAAAAUAUCUGAUGUCCGAGCGUUAUUUCAAGCUUUACUAACUAAUAAAUUAUUCUCAUUUUAAUUUGUAGAUGUUUUCCCACAGUGCUUUGAAGGUGCCAAAGUGCUUUUGAAUAAAGGCAUUAGUAGUCAUUUUCAAGUUAGCCACAGUUUAGCUUUAAGUUCAUUGGCAGCAGGAGCAUACCAUUUUGGAGCUACAUAUGUUGGAGACAAACAGACUGGACCACAUGAAGUACGUGCCAUUGUUUUAUUUCAUUCUAUUUCACAGCCAACAGGGCCGGUUGUUCAAAUGUCGGUUAAAGACGCUAACCCUGGGUUAAAAUUUAACCCGCUGUUUUGGUUGUGUAUCUCUGCAUGUCCCUUUAUUUUACAACUUUAGAAAAUAAAGCUUCAAUGAUCCACACACGUUUUUGGGACAAAUUCUAUUUUCAUGUUGUUAAACAAGCGACUGGGAAGUUUGAUUUGAAAUUUUUCGUUAACCCUGGAUUAAGCUAACUGACUUUCGAACAACUGGCCCCAGCAGUGUAAAAUGACACCAUCAUAUUCAGGUUGGCAAAUGAAAUAACGUUGAAAAAUUGACCGGAAAAAUGUCCGAGCAAAAUGAAAUUUGAGUAAAAUUGCUUUAACGUUCAAUGGACCUAUUCCCUAAUGAACAAAAUUUUGAUCUAGACAAGUCUAGACAAACAUUUCAUCACAGCUUGAAAGAGCAUCACAAAAUUUGUAAUAUUCCGAAGUUUCGUGGCGAAAUGUUGUGAAAUGUGGAUAAAUUAAUAUAGCCCUGCGAAGUUUGCCGUUUUUCAGUCAUUUUGUAUUACGCAUUGGAAAUUGAUACAGCUUUCUGAAAAAAGGUAUCAAUUUCCCGUGCGUAAUACAAAGUGACUGAAAAACGGCAAACUUCGCAGGGCUAUAUUAUCCGCAUUACUAAUUUUGUGAAGCUCUUUCAAGCUGUGAUGACAUUUUUGUCUAGACUUGUCUAGAUCAAAAUUUUGUUCAUUAGGGAAUAGGUCCAUUGACAAUUGCGUAUUCUUCGCAGGAUGAUCAGGCACAGCCUACGAUUAACUCUUUUCUUUUAAUCGAAGGACACUGAUUCUUAUUUUUUGGGUGGACAAAAUGGGAUAGUCUAAAUGGCGCGGGUCGCGAGUCAAUAGAUUAUUUGAAUAAUAUUUGUUUGAAUAAUUGUAAUUUGGUCAGGAAGUUUCCGAUGUCUGAUAAUUAUUUCAGGCUUUAAAUCAGUUGCUAAUUGGUUCGCAGCAUUAAAUUUAUAUUAAUUUUGGAGGUCAUGUAAUAUAGAACAAAUAGCAGGGUCCCCACGGUCCUUGAAAAUCCUGGAAAGUCCUUGAAUUUGUUUUAAAAAAAUCCAGGCCUGGAAAGUCCUUGGAAACUGAUAAGGUCCUUGAAAGUCCUGGAAUUUUUUUUUCAGUAGGCUGGAAAUAAUUGAAGAAUUAUUACCAACCCAAGGAUUAUUGCCCAAAUGUUUAUUUUCUCCAAUUUCAAUUAAAAUUAUGUAUAACAAUUGUCCAAAAGUUGUUUCGAUGUCAUUUUUUUUCUAAUUGCAUUCCUCUCCUUAAGUUUAAGGAUAAAAGUUAGAUGAUUUUCAAAGAUUUUUCCAGUCGCCAGGUCCUUGAAUAUACUGAAAAAGGUCCUUGAAAGUCCUGGAAAAGUCCUUGAAUUUCAUCUUGUUCACUAAAAGGUGGGGACCCUAAAAUAGUAUUAAGCAUAUUUAUCAGCAUAUUUACCUUAUCAGCAUAUUUAUCUUGCGCAUUUUCAAUAGUCAUUUCCUGUUAUGGUUGGGGAUAUUGACCUAAAGGGGAACUUGAAUGCACAAAUCAUCCACCAAUUCACUAAUGCUAUCCGAGGAAAAUUCAUUCUUCAGGUAAGAUGCAUUCACUUAUUUAUCAUUGUCUGACAUAGAAGUUUACUAAUUUAAGAUGCCCAUUUCUGUACAUACGCUUAAAGUGCACUGAACCACUUUUAACCUUAGUAAUACUCUUAGUUGUGUCCAUUCCAAUGAGCGUAGCAAGACACAACAGCUAGCUCAUCAGGGCCUAGUAUACACCCUUUUCGAAAGUAGGUCAACUUGGCUAUAUACAGAGCCUCGUGUUCGUAAUUGAGAUGUUAGGCUUUGAACAACUAACGUCACAUACACGAAAACGAGGCUCUAUAGCCAAAAUGGCGUACUUUCUGCAUGGAAGGGUUUAUUGUGUGUAAGCGCUGUCCUGGGCGUAAACCCAUAACACAACAAUACAAAAUGCCUGAUAACUUGGCAAUUAGAUGAGCUGUGAAGAAACUGUUAAGACCAUACACCCUUUUCAUAAAUGGCUGCCGAUUACAAAUUCUUUUAUGUGCAUUCUCGUAUAUGCAUCUUAAUAAGAAUUUUUCAAUAGUGCACGCUUUGGAGACUGUGUAUAUGGCUCUUGAGGAAAUUUAGAAGUCUUAGAAGCGCUCAUUUGCUUGAUCUCGGAACGGCUAUAUCAGCAUUAUUAUGAACGUUUUUAUAUUGAAUAGUUUGAGUGAUCAUUUUAGACUCAAAAGAAGUUCUGGGCCAUGCAACAGUUCGAUGCGGAAUAUCGUGGAGGAGAUUUUACUGCCAGCAUAACUUGUGUUAAUCCUGAUCUUUUCAAAUCGUCCGGAAUCAUUGUCGCACAUUACCUGCAAAGUUUUCUGACUCCAGGUCUAUCAUUGGGAGGUGAAUUCUUAUACCACAGCGCUGCUGGUCAAGAAGCCGCAGUCGUCUCGUUGGCUGGACAAUAUAAGACAGAUAAUUGGACGGCAUGUGCCACAGUUGGUCAAGCGGGAUGGCAUGCGAGCUACCAUCAUAAAGGAAAUGAGAAUGUCGAUGUGGGAGUUCAGUACGAAUACAACACACAACAGCAACAAAGUUCUGUUAGUCUAGGAUAUCAGUUCAACGUCCCUAAAGCCAACUUAGUUUUUCGUGGUAUGAUGGACACUAAUUGGGUGGUCGGGGCAGUUCUUGAGAAACGCUUUCAUCCGCUUCCCUUUACCUUCUCCUUGGCGGGAACAAUUAAUCACACAAAAGGGGAAUCACAGUUUGGGUUCGGCUUGACAGUUGGAUAGACUUCUAUAUAGAUAGGGUAUGCUUGCUCAAGCAAUGCUUCAGCAGUACUGGGCAAACCAGUAUACUUCUUAGCAAACGUUUUGAAGUAUCGUGUUGCCUAUAUAGGAUCAAAGGAGAUUGACAUGCGCGCCUGGAAGUGUAAACUUUAAUAUGACAUGAAAAGGUGAAAUAAAAUUAGACCUAUUUUAUAUUAAGUAACCGAUUUCUUCCAUCAUGCAUGCGUAUUAAAAUUAUCUUCACCUGUUAAUAUUAUCGGUCGUGUCUACAAUUUGUUUUAGCGAGGUCUCAUUCGCCGUC